GACACUAGCGGAAGUGAUCCAACAUGUGAAACUGAAAUUGGCUGCACUGCUUACCCGCUAAAACAUUUGAUUUCCUACUUAUUGUUGUAUACGCGUUCAAAAUGUACAGACGUAGUUGCGUUAUUCUGAUCAUUUUUUUAUACACGUUAGUGGUGGUUACACCACAUAAUUUAAAAAGACAGAAGAGAAUUGUUGGUGGCAGACCAGCUGCACAACCUGUAAUCGAUGAUCCUGUCGUUUAUGUGACACGCAACAAUCGACAAGCACGUAUCUAUGGUUCUCGAGAUUCGAAUAAAGGAUUUUAUGUUUUUCGUGGUAUCCGAUUUGGACUACCUCCAGUAGGUCAAUAUCGAUUUCAAAGAGCUGUGCCUUUACACUUGGAAGGUGAUAUUAAUGCUACAAAAUGGGGUCCUCCGUGUCCUCAACCUAAUCCACUUGGUCGCCAAGGAAUUGUAGGAAGUGAAGAUUGUCUUUUCUUAAACGUUUUUACGCCCAUGCUACCAGAUGCCAGUGACGGAUAUCCGGUAUUGAUUUGGAUCCACGGUGGCGGCUUUAGAAGGGGUUCCGCUUGUCAAUACGAAAUGAGAAAUAUCAUUAGAAAAAAAGUUGUGGUUGUGUCCAUUCAAUAUAGAUUAGGUUCACUCGGAUUUUUAAGUAGCGGUACGCAAGAAUUACCGGGUAAUAAUGGCAUAUUUGACAUGAUGUUGGCUGUAAGAUGGGUGAAAAAUUAUAUUCAAUAUUUUGGCGGCAAUCCGAAAAAAAUUAUCGCAUUUGGCCAUGGUACAGGGGCCAGUUCAGCUUUUAUGUUAACAUUGUCUAAAUUAUCGAGAGGUGCAUUUAGCGGUCUGAUCGCUAUGUCAGGAUCAAUUUUAUCUCACUUUGCAAUCGACAAAGACCCUUUAUCAACCGCGCAAUAUAUAGCUUCCAAAAAUGAAUGUCCUACGGAUAAUGUAAUCGAAAUGGUUCGUUGCCUUCGAGAGAUACCAGUUGAUAAAUUAAUUCAAACUGAUUCCAGUUUGGAAACAAUUCGUUCCGGCAUUCAAGGUUUUGUUUCUAGUUUAUCGAAUAUACUAGGUCCUGGCCCUGUUAUCGAGGGUAGCGACGAUGAAAGAUUUCUUCCCAAUCUGAACGUCGAUACUCCGGAAGAUUCUUUGAAAGGAGAUUUUCCAAAGAUACCGUUGCUGACUGGAGUUAUGAACAACGAAGUAGGAGGAGCAAUCUUUGGAGAUUACAGAGCUGAAAUCGAAAAUAAAUUGCAAAGAAAUCCAAAUUUUCUUAACGAAUAUCUUAUACCAGUUUUACAAAAUACUGUACCAAAUUUUGAAAACAGAACGAAUUUCGCGCCAGAAGCAUUCACUAAAUAUUUGAAUGUUUUUAAUAAGAAGAAUUCCUUUAAUAUUUCUAAAAUAGCCGAAGCUAUUGGAGAUUCUUUGUAUAAUGUUCCUGCAUUUUUGACCGUCGAGCACUGGGCCAAGAAAUCUGAAGCCUUUUUGUACAGCUUUGAUCACAAUGGAAAACGAAAAUGCGGUAAAGAUUUUUUGAUAGGGUCGCCUAUAGCAACAGCGAGCCAGGCUUUAGAUGGUAUCACUAGUCACGGUGAUGAUCUUGGAUAUAUCUUUAAACAGAACACUAUUACCGGAGAAGCGAUACAAAACGUUGAUGAAUCAGAUGAAGAAGAUAAACGCGUGGAAGAAGCUUUCACGAACCUCAUAGCUGAAUUUGCUAGAAAUGGGAAGCCAAACAUAGCUUUUCAAUCGCAAAAUGGUAGUUUACUUUCGAACUUAACAUCAGCUUUCUCCAGUGAUACCAAUUCGUUUAUCAGCAUUACCUCAACUCCUCAUCUAAUGAAACAAUUCAGAUUCUGUGAAAUAGCACUGUGGACAGGUCUUGUAAAUCGAUUACAAUCAUCUACAUGUAGUUAUUUCAAAACUACUUUAGAUUUUAUUGAUAAAAGUGCUGAAAAAGCUAAAAAUACUAUCGAAAAUCCUAUUCAAGUACUGAACGAAAGAGUUUCGGACGCUAUGCCUAAUUCUACUGUUUUUAACAAAACAAUACCUAUUGGUAUCAAUAUUCCUUCAACAAAUACGAAGUACACGAAAGGAGGUAUAUUUCGAAAUUUGGGAUAUAGCCACGCAAAUCAUUUGUAUAAGAAGACGCGCAACACUGAGCAAUAAGGUAACAAUACAUUUGCUUUAUAAUACAAUUAUAUUAAAUAAAUGUGAUUAAUUAUUA